AUCAGUGAUAGUUACCAAUAUAAAAAUUUUCAGUUACAACUCCAUAUCAAAGAAGCUUAAUCCUGUAAGAGGCACCAGCUUCAUGCAUAUUGCAUAGUGCUCUGUUUUGAUUUUUUGUUGUUUUCCUUAUUAUUUAAACGAAUCUCCUUCCCUCCCUCUUUUGGUUGCAUUAGACUCAAUUUUUAUCACAAGAUUUGAAUAGUCCACAGGGGUUACUUAACGAAAAAAGAAAAUGAUGAUAACCAAGUCCAAGAGUACUAAUGAGGAGCAGGCCACACUAAAACCUGAAUAUGAUCGAGCAAGUGAAUUGAAAGCUUUUGAUGAAACAAAAGCUGGUGUCAAAGGACUAGUUGAUGCUGGAAUCAAAGAAGUUCCUCGGAUAUUCUAUCAGCCGCGAGAUCAGUUUGAGAAGGACUCAGUUUCAGGUGGCACUCAGGUUAGUAUUCCUGUUAUAGACCUUGAGGGAGUGGAGAAAAAUCCAAUUACUCGAAAGGAGAUAGUUCAAAAAGUCCAAAUUGCAUCAAAGACAUGGGGAUUCUUUCAAGUGCUUAACCAUGGAAUUCCAGUGAGUGUCAUGGAGGAAAUGAUGGAUGGUGUGCGUAGGUUUUUUGAGCAAGAUGUUGAGGCUAAAAAACAACUCUUCUCUCGUGAUUAUACGAAAAGGGUGGUCUACAAUUCUAAUUUUGAUCUGUAUAGUGCUCCAGCAGCUAAAUGGAGAGAUACAGUUUUCUGCUCUAUGGCUCCUAAUCCUCCCAAGCCAGAAGAGUUGCCAACAGUUUUCAGGGAUAUAACGCUGGAAUACUCAAAGCAAAUAAUGAAGUUGGGUUAUUUGCUGUUUGAGUUACUCUCGGAGGCUCUCGGACUGAACCCUGAUUAUCUGAGAGAUAUUGAUUGUGCUAAGGGGUUGGUCAUGCUGUGCCAUUACUAUCCCAUCUGUCCACAGCCAGAACUGACUCUAGGUUCAAGCAAGCAUGCCGACAAUGGCUUCCUCACCGUGCUCCUACAAGACCAUGUUGGCGGUCUCCAAGUUCUCCAUGAAAAUCACUGGAUUGAUGUACCCCCAGCCCCGGGGGCUCUAGUCAUUAACAUUGGAGAUCUUCUACAGCUUAUAUCAAAUGAUAGUUGUACAAGUGUGGCCCACAGAGUACUGACAAAUUCCGUAGGGCCUAGAGUAUCAGUGGCAAGCUUUUUCACUACUGCUCUUCUGCCAGACGCAAGAUUGUACGGGCCUAUCAAGGAGUUGCUGUCAGAAGAGAACCCUUCAAAAUACAGGGAAACCACUGUCAAAGACUAUAUCACCUACUUCAACGCAAAAGGUCUUAGUGGUACUUCUCCCUUGCCACAUUUCAGGCUCUGAACUUGGUGUUAGACGUGAAAACAGCAGUAGCAAGACGACUAGUUCACUCAAAUAUAAUAUAAUUCAGAUCUUGUAAAAUAUUUUGGUCCUGAUGACUUUGAUCCUUGGGCAGUUUGAUUUAUGAAAAUGAGUGUUGUCUACGUAUCUUGUUUAUAAACCUAA